CCCAUGCACCAACCAUGCACAUGUCAAAGCAUGAUAACCGGUGAGUUUUUGUGCUAGGUGCCAUUCACUUUUCUGUUUCCCGGCAACGUAAAUAAACAAUUAAGAUAUUUUACUGAAUAAUAUUAAAUUAUUUAACGCACCUGCUGAUAAAGAUAAAAAUACCAUUUAAUUAAAAAAAAUGGCUGACGGCGAUAAAAUUGAAGUGCGUGACAUUACACGAAUUGAACGCAUUGGAGCGCAUUCCCACAUUCGUGGUCUAGGUCUAGAUGAUGUUUUGGAAGCCAGAGCUGUGUCCCAAGGUAUGGUAGGACAAAAGGACGCUCGUCGAGCCGCUGGUGUUGUCGUUCAAAUGGUCAGAGAAGGUAAAAUUGCUGGACGUUGCAUCCUCUUGGCUGGAGAACCAAGUACAGGUAAGACAGCCAUUGCUGUUGGUAUGGCCCAAGCAUUGGGCACUGAAACUCCCUUUACCAGUAUGUCGGGUUCCGAAAUUUACUCUCUGGAGAUGAGUAAGACGGAGGCACUUUCUCAAGCCUUGCGUAAAAGUAUUGGAGUACGCAUAAAAGAGGAAACAGAAAUCAUAGAAGGAGAAGUUGUCGAAAUCCAAAUUGAUCGACCAGCUACGGGCACGGGCCAAAAGAUUGGCAAGGUUACUUUGAAAACCACCGAAAUGGAAACCAAUUAUGAUCUGGGCAAUAAAAUCAUUGAAUGUUUUAUAAAAGAGAAAAUCCAAGCCGGGGAUGUUAUAACCAUUGACAAAGCAUCUGGAAAAGUAUCAAAGUUAGGUCGCAGCUUUACCCGAGCCCGUGAUUACGAUGCCACAGGAGCACAAACACGUUUUGUACAAUGCCCUGAAGGUGAAUUGCAAAAACGCAAAGAAGUUGUGCACACCGUUACACUUCACGAAAUCGAUGUUAUAAAUAGUCGCACGCACGGCUUCUUGGCAUUAUUUUCUGGCGACACUGGUGAGAUCAAGCAGGAAGUCAGAGAUCAAAUUAACAACAAAGUAUUAGAAUGGAGAGAGGAAGGCAAGGCCGAAAUCAAUCCGGGUGUUUUGUUUAUAGAUGAAGUUCAUAUGCUGGAUAUUGAAUGCUUCUCUUAUCUUAAUCGGGCUUUGGAAUCAGAUAUGGCACCCGUCGUCGUAAUGGCCACUAAUCGCGGCAUAACUCGUAUACGUGGUACCAACUAUCGCAGUCCUCAUGGUAUUCCUAUAGAUUUACUUGACCGCAUGAUAAUUAUACGUACAGUAGCCUAUUCGGAAAAGGAAAUGAAAGAGAUUCUUAAAAUACGCUGUGAAGAGGAGGAUUGUCUAAUGCAUCCAGACGCUUUGACAAUUUUGACGAAAAUUUCCACAGAUACAAGUUUGCGUUAUGCCAUUCAGCUUAUCACUACAGCAAAUUUAGUCUGCAGGCGCCGCAAGGCCACCGAAGUAACAACGGAAGAUGUUAAAAAAGUCUAUUCAUUAUUCUUGGACGAAAAUCGUUCAAGUCAAAUAUUAAAAGAAUACCAAGAUGAAUAUAUGUUUAAUGAGAUAGAAGAGGAAAUAUCAGAUAAUGCAGCAUUACAGCCGAAACGUGAAGAAGAUGGUGGUGGUGAUACACAGGCUAUGGAACAUUAAAUUUGUAGCACUCAAGCUUAUUAUUCAGUCUUUGUAGUACUCGUACUUCUAACAUUCACUUUUUUAAUUCAACUGAAGUUUUUAAUUAUAAAUAAUUUGCUCUACUUUUUUUUGUUUUUGAUUUGAAAUCAAUAAAUUUUGUUUUUUAAUUCUUCCAUAAUAAAGUUUAUUUGGGAGGAAAAAAUUAAAAGAGAUGAAACAUGAAAAAAUGUCAGAUGGACGAAUAUAA